CCAUUAUCUAAAUUUUUUCCUCCAUCAACUUCGUCCCGCUUUCUUGAAUUUAUUUCUCAUCUUUUACGAUAUGAUCCAAGACAACGCCUCACUGCAUUGGAUGCUCUUAAACAUCCUUAUUUCGUUGAAAGUGACUUCAUAUUUGUGCCACAACAUGAACCUGAGGAUAUUAAAGUUAUUGGCAUGGAAAAAAAGCGCAAGAACGAUACACAAAUCUACGAUGCUAGUGAAUCAUAUACGAGUGUUGUCAACCCCACAACUGUCAAUUGUGGGUCACCUAUGUCCAUUGAUUUGCGGAGAUUUCAACUUCCUGAUGACGUAAUGAGAUUUUUUGGGGUGACCGAUGAACUUUAUUCAUAA